GAAGGCGCAGGCGAACCGAAGUCAGGGAGCUCCGUAAUGCCCCUCCUGAUCUUUGGACGAUAGGACGACGGACGACUAACCUCUCUGAGCGUUGAUCUUUAUCGCCGGUUUGUAGUUAUUGUAGAGAUGAGCAGCCUUUUACAAGUAACCCUAAAUUAAGAUGAAAGUUACAAAAAUUGAAAAUCAAAGAGUUGGAGAGAGCCUUCGUCAGAAAAAAAAACAUGGCUCAGGCUCCAGCCAUUUGAAAAAUAAGCGUAAAAAUAGUGCAAUGGACAAUGAGCUAAGGGAAAACUCCUUCAGGUUCACGAACAAGGACGGAGAGGAAUCUGAUGUAGGACCUGACUUAGCAUUUCAAGAGAAUUCUGAGGAAAGGAAUGACAAAAUGAGAUCUUCCAAGUUUGAACAAAUGGUGAAAAGAAAGAAUAAUUCUCAAGCUGAUUCCAAUUUUGGUGAACCCUUGUCGCAGAAAAAAUGGGAAGCUGAUCCCGAUGUAUCCGGUGUCGGUCAAGAUGUAAAUUCUGAUUCCUUUGUGGAUAUUACUGGACUGGAUUCUGAAUCUGACUAUGGACUCAGUCAAUUACAAGGACACCAUGAAGAGUGGAAAUUUUCUGCAUGUGAAGAUGAUAGUUCUGUUAGUACAAACAUCAAAGCAGUAGAAGAGAAGAGUUCACAAGACCUUAAUAGAUUGACAAAAAAUAUUAGCAGUAAUGAUAUGAGUCUCUCCUCUGAAUCUGAUAUAACUGAGGCAGCUGACAUGGUACCUUACAUCCAAAACACACAUAUGGAAUCAGGUUCCAAACAUUCGUCAUUCCUCAAAGAGGGCAAGGUCAGAUCCCGAGUGAACAAAAUCUAUAAUGCUCACACUAGCCAUAACUGGUUAUUGGAACAAAUUUCCGCGACCAAAGAAACAAAAUUUAGAGAGCCGUGUUCUGAUGCAACAUCAGAAUCUUUUAUAUUUUCUUUGCCAGACUCGGAUGGAAGCACAAAAUCCAAUAGAAAGGAAAAGUCAAAGAAAAAGAAGAAGCAUCAGAAUGACUCAACAUUGGACAAGAGGAGCCCUACAAAUCUCAAAAAUCAGGAAUUGCUGAAAACUGGAUUGAGUGAGUCCCAAGAAAAUACAAUUUCUGAGGUGAUUUUAGAAGGUGUAAGCAGCCCACAGAUUUCUGACGAAGGAGUCGGGAGUGUGAUGAGCCAAGAGACCAAAGGCAGUAAAAAGCAGAAAAAAAGUAAAAAGGAGAAAAAGAAAAAGAAAGAAAAAAAGAAAAAGAAGCAGAAAGAGCAAAAUUGUAAAAAAGAGAAGAAGAUGAAACGGAAGAGAGAGAAAAGAAAUAAAAAGGAGGAAUCAGAAUAUUUUAUAACUAGAGAUGACGAAUUAAAAAGAAAAGUGUACUUGGAAUUCUUACAUAAGAUGGGAUUAAGGGAGAACACUCUGAAAGGUCCCUCCAUUGCUUCUGAGGAUAAAUCUUGUGAAUGUGGAGUGUGCAGUGAAUCUAUUCAGCUCCAAGAGAGAGGAACAGAAAAGAACAAAGCAUCCCUGAAGGAAGAUGAUCCAGAUGAUCCCAAAAAGAAGAAAAGGAAACAAUUAGGAUUGUCAUCAAAAGUAACAGGCAAGGAACGUAAAACUCCAUCAAACCUAGAUGAGACUUCAAUUUAUGAGUCAGAAGAUAAAUAUAUUCAAACAAAUCAAAGACGCACUCUGGCAUCUGUAUGUGCCACUGAAAAAAAUAGUGAGCAAGAAUCUACUCUCUCUGACAGCAUUACAAAUAUUGUAGACCAGAAGAAAAGAAAGAAAAAGAGACAAAGAGAGUGUGAAGAAGACUUAGACCUUAAUGAGAAGAAAAGAAAAACAGAAACCUCUAUGAUGGCAGUUUCUCUAGAUAAAUCUGUGGAUAUGCUUAGUAAAGGUAAGAAAAAGAAAAAGACAAUAGUAGCAAUGGAAUCAAGCCAAAAUUCAGAUACGGACUUUCAGGACACUAUUUUAAAGAAGCCACCAGACAAUCUAAAAGAAAAACCAAAAAUGAAGUUGGCAAAGAGAUACAAAUCAAAAGCGGAUGGCAUUAAAGGUAAAAUGAAUAGUACUGUUGAAACAGAAACAGAACAUAAUGAAUUAUACGAAGAAGUUCCUCUUACAUAUAAUUCUGUUGAUUUAUUCAAAGAAAGCCAAGAGAUUUCAGUCGUCAAAGAUGAUAAAGCCAUUAAAAUUGUAGACAAGCAGAUUCGAAAGUCCUCAAGACAAAGAAAGAAGACCCGCACAAGCCAGGAGUCAGCACUAUGUACUGAAGAACUGUCUAGUCAAAUGUCUAGUCAAAUACCUAUCAUAGACUUCACGGGGGAAAGUUCUGACCAAUCUAUUGUUGAGGCUACUCCUGAUAUUGAAGGGAACAGUAGCCAUGGCAAGGUUGAUUUAAAAAAUUCAAGGGGAAAUGACAAAUUCUAUAAGCCAUCUGGUAGCUCUCAAGAUGUCUCAUCAUCCCUUUCUACCUCACCCUGGCACAGGCUGAGUCGUGACUCAAAUGGUUCUUUCACCAUGCCAACGCCUAGUGAAGAUAUCAAUCAAAUUCCAUCCUCUGGUAAAAAUCACAUAGAAUGUAGUACUUCUCAGGGAAGUAGUACGGUACACCGAAAAUAUAACAAGAUUCACCACCUUUCUGACAACUCAUCAUCAGAAGAUGAAGCAAAUAUGAGUGAUACUGCAAAAAGGCAAUCUUACAGUCGAGGAAAUGUACGAAGACAUAGUCAGAAACUAUCCUCUAGUAAGUCCACCUAUGUUUCUUCAAAGAGUAGCAGCGAUAGUGAAGGAAACAGACUUCCCAAACUUGGGAACUUAAGAGGUCUUACCCAAAAGCUCCAACCUUCUCCACAGCAAAGUGACAAUGACAGAUUGUACUGUGUGAAAAAAAAAUCUAAAAAGACAUCACCAAAAAAGUCAAAUCAACAUAGUGAGCCCUUCGAAUUAAUAUCUUUAGAAAACAAAUCAGAUUCAAGUGAAAGUGGAGAAAAUCAACUGUUGGGUCGAGGUAACUCUCCCCAUUCAUCAAAACUAACUAAUCAAGAGUCCUGUGAACCUUCAACAAGCAACAAUUCACAUCACAUAACUGGUCAAAAAAGAAGUGAUUCUUUAGGAGUUGAUGUAGGGGUUGAUGGAAAAGAUCUAAAGAAAAGUAUGACAAGACUUCCUUCUGACUCUUGCAUUCAACAACCGAGUGGUAUUGAAACUUCAAAUAACAGGUCUAAAGCAAUGGAAAAUGGAAAGACACUGAAAGAGAUUGUUCUGAACAGAAUGGAUGAUUCUGAUUCUAGUUCGAGCUCAUUUGACGAACAAGAUAAACCAGACUUUGUCCCAAAGAAACAUAAACUUACAAAAGUGUGUGAUGGGAAAGAAUCAAAGUCUUCAAGAAAAGUCCACAAGUGUACACGAUGCAAUCAACUUUUUGACAGUGCAACUGAAAUGAUGCAACAUGAAUGCAAGAAAAUGUUUCAUGUGAGGAAAUUUUCAAAUCCUGAAGCUAAAUGGGAAUGUGAUCUCUGUGAAAGAAAAUAUAAACAGAAGUUCCAUUUAAAUCAUCAUGUGAAGACAUUCCAUCAGGGACGAAAAGAUUACAAAUGUGACCAGUGUGAUAUGUGUUUUGGUGAAAAACAAACUCUUGUCGUCCACAUGAGGACGCACACUGGGCUAGAACCGUUCGGGUGUAAACUUUGUGCAGCAACUUUUAAAACCAGAAAUAAUUUACACAGUCAUUACAAAACAACUCAUUACUUGGCGACCAAAUUCAAUUGUCCAUUCUGUGAUAAUAAGGCUUAUUUCUUUGAAUCUGAUUUAUUGGAACAUACAAGCACUAUUCAUUCAAAGAGGAAAGUUCAAAUAAAGCGAUAAUGUUUAUUCUUUCUGGAUUGAUGUUUUAGACACAUUUCUAAUGAUUUAAACUGUUGUAAGUUACACAAAUUCUUUGUAUAUUUAAACUUAAAGAAGAUUCAAAUCUAUUUUGUGUUCCUCUGCCUCUGGCACCAGGAUAUAAAUUUGAAACUGGUUUCUGGGAAUGGGUUUAGCAAACUUGGACAAAAUUAAAUUGAGUGGAUAAAAGUAGUCUUUUAUUUUCAUAAUUUCUUUUCUUUCCUUUGAUGUAGCAUAAAUGAUAUUGCCAAUUCUAAUUAAUAAUUAAUAAUGACUUAUGUAAACUGUUGUUACAAGGCUGAUGAAGUUGUACACAUCUAGUAUGUAUCGUCACCAUAUUGUUUUUACUUUUACAUCUAGUGUAACUUAAGAUAAUGAUUUCCAACCCAAUUAAAAUAAGGUUUUGAA